UCCGGCAAAACGGGCGCAAAACUGUCGGCGUCUAAGGAGAAAGAUGAAUUGCUGCGGCUCUACCGGGCCUGCGUUCAGAAGUUCGCGGACUUCGCCUACAAGGCGGAAACGACGUACUGCAAUGCAACAUACGACAAGUUCCUGUGCUGGCCACCAACGCCCGCGGGUGAUGUCGCCACACAAAACUGCCCACCAGCAAGACUUAGCGACACAUCACGUUUUGCAUUUCGUCGGUGCGGUGACUCCGGCCUCUGGCUAGGUCGACGGCCGAACGAGAGCAGCGUCAUCGGAUGGACAAACUACACGCCGUGUUUCCCGCCAGAAGUUCAGACGCUCUUCGGUAAAGUUUAUGACGUCGAAAAGGAAGCACAGUUAAAAUUCGAGAUAGCUCAGCGAACAAGGUAUAUGGAGAUAGCAGGAUUUAGCAUUUCGAUGUUGGCUUUGAUCAUAUCUCUGAUCAUAUUCUCUUACUACAGGUCUUUACGUAACAAUAGAACCAGAAUCCACAAAUCCUUGUUCUGCGCGAUGUUGGUGCAAGUCAUCAUAAGACUGACGGUCUACAUCGACCAAGCGCUCAUCAGGAGUCCAAUGGGCGACCACUCAACCUACGGAAACUUCACUAUUAAGGGGAUAGAUAAUAUGCCAUACCUCUGCGAAUCAUCGUACGUUCUUCUGGAAUAUGCUAUAACGGUGAUGUUUAUGUGGAUGUUUAUCGAAGGCUUGUACUUACACAAUGUGGUAACUGCGAACGCUCUCAGGGAGAGAAUAUCGUACCUCUUAUAUUAUGCCACGGGAUGGGGGAUACCGUUUGUUGUCACCGCGAUCUGGGCCACCAUGACAGCUUUGCAUUACCAACGGGAGAGAUUAGAGACGUGUUGGUAUGGAUACAAUUUCAGCCCACUCUACUGGAUCGUCCAAGGACCUCGACUGGCCGUCAUAAUGAUAAACCUAAUAUUUCUUUUGAACAUCAUGAGAGUUUUGAUCGUCAAACUCCGCCAGUCUCAGAGUACAGAAAUGGAGAAAGUCAGGAAAGCUGUUCGAGCGGCGCUUGUUCUUUUACCACUUUUGGGGAUCACGAACAUCUUGAACUUGAUAGAAGCGCCGCUGGACAGCGGAGUCUGGAUGUUUGGGCUAUGGAGCUACAGUACGCAUUUCCUUCGAUCAUUCCAGGGCUUCUUUAUUGCUCUUAUCUACUGCUUCUUGAACGGAGAGGUUCGUACGGUGUUGAAGAAACAAUACGAAGAUUACAUGACCAUGCGAGGAGGUCCCCGGCCUGCCCGUGUCUCCAGCUCUGCUGAGAGAUCCCGUAAAGAGAGUAAAAUUGAAGGCGAAACUUCUUCGUGGGUUCAAAUGAGAAAAUUGAAGUGGAAACGAAGCUCGGCGAAAGAUAACAAAGAGAUAUCAGUUACCGAAAUGGGACCAGAAAUUAAUCAAGAGAAAGUAAAGAAAAUUGAACUUACGCCCGUCGUCCCGGAGAACUUGGAAACUGGCGAAACUAUAGUAAACAAUAAACUGACAACGGUUGCUGAAAUCAACUACACUAGAUAAAUCAUGAAACCUGGCGAGAUGUUCCACAUCAAAUGUUCCAUUAAAUUUAAAUACAGACAUGACGUCUACGUGCAGACUGCAUAGUCAUUCGCUUUAACGUUGUAGUUAUUUUAUUAGUAAGUUUAUUUGGCUAAUUGAAAGAAUCGUUGAAUGGUAUCACUUAGUAUGGAUUUAGGAUGAUUUGAUUUACACUAUAGGACUGCUUAAGUAAACGACUCUGAGUGUAGCGAUAAAACCAUAGUACUCGACAAGAGACUCUUUGUUACAGCCUUUUUAUUUUACUUAAACUUAGAUUUUCUUAUUCAUGAUUUUUCGCAUUAAGGGAAAAAUACGCUUUUAAUGUAUUAAUCAUAUUUUAUUAAUGUAAGAUUUUAUAUGUGUAUUUACUUGACAAUACAUUUUCUUUAUGUCAUGCUAUAGAAAGGGCAGACAUGACAGGUCGUAAAACCAAGACUCUACAAGAAUGUAACGGUAAAAUUCAAUUGUAGGAAACUUGAAUCAACACAUAGCUAUCCCUUUCAUUGUGUUUGACAAAACAGAGACUACAAUAUGUUAAUACAAGUCACAUCUAAACAAUCAUAGAUUUACUUCAGAUGCGCUACCGACUUUUCACACGUGGGCUGAAGUGUUUACACGAGGGCUUAACAGUGAGUAAGUAGUAAUAAAUUCCCACCAAAACAGACUAAUAAUUACAUCAUUGGUUUAAAUUACAUUACCGUUUCUACUGCCAAAAUACCCCUGCAAAAAUAUUGUUUGCAUUUUAUUACGAUAUUAUACUGAUAUUUGAUAAGCGAGAAUUUUGUAUACUUGACAUAAGUACAUUAUAAUUAAGUAGAAUAAGUUUUACUUCUUAAUUCUAAGUUAUUGUAACUUGAUAAUCCAUUGCCACUAGUUCGAUUAGGCAGAAGUGGCAUACAAGUCGCAACGCUAUUCGUUUAGUGAAAAAAGUUUUAUUAUGCUCUCUGUAGGCAGUUUUGUUUAAUUCUACUUCGUUUCUGGGAGAUAUUGGCGUAGGUAAAUUAUCUGUAUAUUUCGUUUAAUAUAUUAAAACGCUUAACGGGUUUUUGCUCCCUUUCUUCUAAUGACAGCUUCGAGCUUUCUACUUUCGUGUUUAUUUAAAUGUUUUUUUUUUUUUACUUCAAGUAUACAAUUUAUAAAAGUAUAUAGUUAAGAAUUUGAUGUAU